CCGGGAAGAUUACGAAAGUUGAGGUGAAGGGUGUGAUCCAAAAAAACAUGUCUUGUCCAAAGAAAUGCCCAAAGAAGAAGCCCAAACCGGUAAGUUCCAACGGAUUUUUAAAUUUCCUGAAAGAAUAUUCAAAAAAACAAUGCGGCAAGUCAGCUAUUCAAAUUGUGGUGGCAGGUGCCAGAAGAUGGAAUUGUAUGUCCGAUAAAAAUAAGAAGAAAUAUAAGUGUCCGCAACCGAAAAAAAAUCCAUGCGCAAAAAAGAAAAAAAAAUGUGCACCGAAAAAGAAGACAUGCCCUAAGAAAAAGAAGAAAGCCUGCCCAAAGAAAAAAAAAAGUUGUCCACCAAAGAAAAAAUCUUGUCCAAAGAAGAAGAAAGCAUGCCCAAAAAAGAAGAAAGCAUGCCCGAAAAAGAAGAAAGCAUGCGGUGCAAAAAAACCUAAAUGUACUAAUCCAGGACCAAUAACUAAUAACGCGUAUCUGAACUAUAUACGCACGUUCCGUCGUAAAAAUUGUGGUCUUGACCCUAGAGAAAUUUUUAAAAAAGCUGCUAAAUGUUGGUGUAAACUUACACCGGAACAGCGUUUACGUUACCAAAAGCAGGCCUGUCAAGUCACGACCUCCUGUCGCAGGAAGAACACUCAAUUGUGCAAGUGCGCAAGGAAGUCAAAGAAGAAGAAGGCAUGUUCUUAAGAUGUUUUAUAAAUAACAUUUGUGUGGUGAAAAAAAAUAUAUGUCAAGGUGUGUAUGAGAUAACAUCUCAUAUUAUCUAAUGUUAAUGAAAAUUUGAUGAAUUUUUGACUUAUAAAACCCACAAAUGAUAUAAUUCGUAACAACCAGCCAUGACAAAACCUGGGCAUAUGUAGAUACAUAUGUCGGUGAUGCUACAUAUUGUAUGAUGGUGGCCUUAAGAAACUAGAUGUGACCUACUUGCUAACUGGACAAUACAGAUAAGACGAAACUGGGGAUGUAAAGAAAAAAAUGAUGGAUCGAUGAUAGGAUAUCGCGGAUUACAACUAAGUAGCUAGUCGUUAGAACGAUGGUCUGGAGACUAUCCACUAACUAAAUUUACGUACAAAAUUGUUUAUUUAUAAGUAUACAUAUUAAUUAUUAAUAUGUAUUUUGUGUGUGUGUGUUUUAUAA